GCAGCCGCAGGGCAUGGUGACCGGUACGGCCCGUGCCUCUUUUGACGCCGUGACCCUGACGAUGCCAGUCGGAUGCUGGAGUAGGACGUAUAGCAGUGCUAGCUGUUUAAACAAGUGACAGAAUCAGCUGUAUCUUCAGGCCUACACUUGAAACAAGCAGGUCCCCAUAUCCAUCAUCUUAUCUCUGGUCACACUUGUGUGAGAAAUGGCCGUCUUCGCGUUGAUCUUCGCCUGCAGCUUUGAGGCCACUUGAAGCUGCUCGCGAUGAUAGUGAUGAGCAAGCUUGAUUCGCUCGAUUAGUUGGAUCAGAAAGAUUUUGUCCACAAAUUCUUAUGUUGCAUAUUCCUGCAAGAUGCACUGAAUUCAUGGACUGAUGAAGGGCAUCUGUCUACUGGUGCAGAUCUAAAGCCCCAGAUCUCCUAGCUCCAACCUACAAGACAUACACUAGCUAGCAAGUCUGUCACUUAAAGAUAAGCCAAGAUGAACAUCGCUACAGGGGCAAUGGACACACUCCUUCCCAAGCUUGCAGAGUUGGUGGUGGGCGAGUACAAGCUGCAGAAGGGUGUCAAGGGAGAGAUUCAGGAACUCGAGAAAGAGCUGAAAUGCAUAACUGCCGCCCUCCGAAAGGUGUCUGAGGUGCCGGCAGACCGGCUUGAUGAGCAGGUCAAGAUCUGGGCCUGUGACGCGAGGGAACUAUCCUAUGACAUCGAAGAUGCUGUUGACACCUUCAUGUUGCGCAGCAAGGGCCGCCAGCAAGAAGGCCAAGACACUUCCAGCCUCAAGGGUCUCAUUGGUAAGGCCGCCAAUUUGUACAAGAAGGCCAAAAAUAACCAUCAGAUCCACAAUGUUGUCAAAAACAUCAUGGACAAGGUCAAGAAGGUCAGUGAGCGCCGUGAUAGGUGCAAGGUUGACAACUUUGCAGCCGGACCAAGUUUGGUGUCUGUUGAUCCACGCCUAGAAGCUAUGUACAGGAAGGCAACAGAGAUAGUUGGAAUUGAUGGGCCAAAGAAGGAGCUAGUCAUGAGGCUUAUGAAUGAGGACAGCUCAUUGUUGAAGCAACCAAAGAUAAUUUCUAUAGUAGGAUUCGGAGGCUUGGGGAAGACAACUCUUGCAAAUGCAUUGCUUCAGGACCUUAAAUCAAAAUUUGAUUGCCACUUUUUUGUCUCUGUAUCCUUUAAUCCUGAUAUAAAGAAGAUUUUCAAGAACAUUCUUCUCCAACUUGAUGAGAAGGCGUACGGCAACAUAGAUGAAGCAUGUGAAAUAAAUCUUCUCAUCAACAAAAUUAUAGAGUUCCUCAAGAAUAGAAGGUGCUUAUGCUUGAUUGAUGACUUUUGGAAAGAAUGGCCGUGGGAUACUAUCAAACUUGCGUUGCAGGAUGGUAAUCGUGGAAGCAGGAUAAUCAUAACCACUCGCAAUAAGGCUGUCGCGGAACACGUUGGUGGUGGUAUUUAUGAACUAAAACCUCUUUCUACUGAUAACUCAAGAGAGUUAUUCUACAAGCGGAUAUUUAAAUCUGCAGAUGAUUGUCCUCCUGAUUUGAGCAAAGUUACUGGGAAAAUUUUAAAGAAAUGUGGUGGCGUACCAUUAGCCAUUAUUACCACAGCAAGCUUACUGGCUAAUAAACCGAGGUGUUCGGUGGAAUGGGAGAAGGUGAAUAAUUCUAUUGGUUCUGGAUCUGAAAAUAGCCCCCAUAUGGGCAAGAUGAACUCAAUAUUAAGGCUCAGUUACAAUGAUCUACCUUUCCAUUUGAAGAUUUGCUUGUUGUCUCUGAGCAAAUAUCCCGAGGACCAUGUGAUUAGAAAGGAUGUUUUGAUAUGGAGCUGGAUAGCAGAGGGUUUCAUUACCCCUACAGGGUCAAGCUUGCUGGAGACAGGGGAGGGUUACUUCAAUGAGCUUAUUAAUAGAAGCUUGAUACAGCCCGUGGACAAACCUCCCUUUUCCAUGCUUGGUGAGAGUGAGGUGUAUGCUUGUCAAUUACAUGACAUGGUACUUGAACUUAUUAUCAAGUUGUCAGCUGAAGAAGGCUUUGCUACCACUUUGUUGUCAGAUGAUGAACAAGCAGGUGCGUCUUGGUUGCAUCAGAGGAAGAUUAUCCGGCGGCUGUCGAUCCACAACCGCAGAAACACCAUUGCCUCAAUAAAUGAAAGAAAAGGACUGUUCAAAGUGAGGUCACUUGAUGUCUUUGGUCAUGCUGAUUUAAUGAUGUGUUCCCUGUCAAGAUUUCGUGUUCUACGCGUAUUGCAAGUAGAGGACUGUUCUAGACUGGAUAACAAUCAGCUGAAGGAUCUCUGCAAGUUGUACCUUCUGAAGUUUUUGCGGCUACGGUGUUUGACGGUCACUGAGCUCCCCGAGAGUAUUGGCAAGCUAGAGUCUCUAGAAACAUUGGACAUAAGAGGAAACAUAGCGAUAAAGUUACCACUAUCUUUUGGUAAACUUGGAAAACUGGUACGGCUUCACGCUGAUAUAGUGGAGCUGCCCCAUUGUGUGAGUCUGGAGAAUAUGAAAUCUCUGCAAGAGCUAAUAGGCAUACGCAGUACCUUGCACGCCAUGAUAGAGAUUGGUAAACUGAGAGAGUUAAAGGUCCUCGAACUUGUCAUCAUGGAAUCAGAUAUCGGUAUUAGUAAUGCGGAGGAAUUUGUUCGCACCUACCUCAAAAUGUGCCCCAAUUUAUUACAAGUAUUGGUGCUAAGAAGUUCAAUAUGUUUUCCCCUGGAUUUCGGAUCCCAGGUUCCUUCUGGUCUCCGAACCUUCAUGUGCGAUAUCUACUUUUGGGCAUUCCCCAGGUGGAUUAAUUAUCAGUCGCUCUCCUCACUCACUGAAUUGUCCAUCAUGCUGUGGCGUGUGCGUGUACAACCUGAGCACCUUGACAAGCUUGCUGAGCUACCAUCUCUUCGCUUCCUCAGGAUACAGGCACCGCUUCCACCGCCAGAGCAAGAAAAACUCGUUAUUCACAGCAGUCCAUCUGCAUUCCCAUGUCUAACAGAUCUUCGAAUUUCCAGUGGUUUGAUGUUCCUUAAGAUUCAACCUGGGGCUAUGCAAAAGCUCCAAAAACUCUACCUUAGCUUUGAUGCCACAAAGACCGCUGAGCGUUAUCAGACUAAUAACUUCGAUUAUGGACUCCAAAACCUCACUUCUCUCCAACAUGUCGUCCUUACCUUUCUGGGGGGCGAGCACCCCGAAGCAUAUGAUGCUAUUAGGAAGACAAUUAAUGAUCAUCCCAACCAUCCUUCGCUCAAUCAUGCUAUUAGGAGGACAAUUGAUGAUCAUCCCAACCAUUCUUCGCUCAAUCAUGCUCUUAGGAAGGCAAUUAAUGAUCAUCCCAACCAUCCUUCGCUCGAUUUUUCCUAUAUUUGAGAAUUAAAGGACGGAAGCAGCCUAUAUGGGAAUUAUUGCUCGUCAUACAUUGACACGGGGUUAGAGGCUACGAGUGUUGCAUUUGCCAUGAUGAAGUCUAUUGAUAUGUUUAUGCAAAACUCAAAUGCUUUUUACCAUCCGUCGUCAUGUGUUUUGAGUAAUUGUUCUUAUCAUGUACUUUGUUGUAAUAACUAUGAAUCCAUUAUCAGUGUGGCCUAUUUUGGAUAUCCCAUCCACAUAUUGUAUGUAUCAAGUUAUUCAAUUAGGAGGAUUGAGUCUGAGUUAAUGUUUUUUAUUAGGGAUUAAUGUUUGACACAUAGCUACCGGUUGUGGCCCAAGACGCGUCUUCAUGUCACCGGGCUAUGAGUCUUGAGGUUGCUUGAAUAAUGGAAGGGAACAAAAUUUGCUC